GAACUCUCCCUGAUACUUUAUUAAGAUACACCUUUCAAGAUCGUCUUUUAAUCUCCCAUUUUCCGCAUUUCUUGCCUUUCUGCACUCUUUAUUUCCGUUUCACCUCAAGAUUCGUUUCGUCUCAAGACCCGUUUUAUCCCAAGAUCCGUUUACCUCAAGAACUCAAAUUCAAUAACAAUGUCCCAAAGGCAUUCCUCAAGCAGAGACAAACACUCUCGCCAGCGGCCGUCUGGUCCUCGUGCUGAGAGCAGGGCUCCACGGGAUCGAGCUCGUCGUGAGCGAGGGUCUCCAAGUGGUCAUCGUCACCGCCGUAAUGAGUCUCCUGCGGGCCCCAGACCCUUUCCAGGUCCCGCUAGGGAUCAUGAGCUGGAAGAGUCAAUCAGCCCAGCUCACGGCCGUUCUGACGUUGGUCGUCGCCCAAGUGGCCGAGCGGAGCACGGGGGUCCCCAUGAAAGCGAGAAUUCUGAGCCAAGAACUGAAUAUAAUGAGGGUCGUGAUCAUCGCAGACGUCGCUAUCGUGCUGCGGAUGACAAUUCUCGCAAUGUCAAUGGACUUACUGUUGACAAUGAACCCACUACUACACCUCACCGGACUUUUAAUGGUCCUGACAUUUACACCGGUGCCACUCAUGCUCCUCAUCUUGAUAGCUCUCCCCUGGUGGCAUCUCCGGUGAGUCCGUACACCGAUACCAGUACGGUCAGACUGCUGCCGUCAGAGCAAGGUACGCCUUCGGCCGGUCGUGAGCAGCCGAGAGCUGAACGCACUCGAAAUGCUUAUGUGGAGGAGGAAGAAGAAGAGUCAGAGCCGGAGCGAGAGCCUUCCCCGCCGCCUCCGAGAAGUCCCCGUUUCAGGGGACACUCUCAAGUCCAUCCACAAGUGUCUGCCCCUGAUCUUCGGAAGCUCCAAAGAGAGUCAAGAGCAUCUUCAACUUAUCUUCCCCGGCCUAGCUCUCCGGCGCCAUCCACCGCCUUUAGUACUGCUACAGGUCGCUCUGGGUAUCGUACUCGUCGUCACGGCAUUGGAGGCGCGGGGAACAUUGUUGACAGCGAGGGCCGGCAUUGUUCCGCCCGGCAAGCGAGGCGGGAAUUGCAAAAGGAGAGGCGAGAGGCGGAGGCUGCCGCGCAAUCUGCCGCCCCAGUCACUCAGGAAGAAAUUGAGGGACACCGACUGUACGGCAGUGUUCUAAACAGUACCAUAUAUAACGUUAUCCAUGAAGAAAGGGAUGACGAGAAUCGGAAGAAAAUCAGGAGAAGAAUAAGAUUCCUGGAAAGCAAAGAGCGCAAGCGCAAGGAACCCACCUUUAUCAAUAAAUUUCUGAACAUUCUCGACCAGGUCUUUCCCGGCAACUUUGUUGCUGAGCACCGAGAAAGCAGGAAAGAUGAGAUCAAAGAUCUUAGAGAACAAUUGACCAAGAAAGAUCGAGAUUAAGUGCAAGUCAAGAAGUUGUGGCAGUCUAUUGAUUCCAACUUUCUUGUUGCUUGCGGUGAUGCUCAGCGGUGUCAGGAUGAAUUCAAAAAUGAAAAAAGACUGAAAAAACUUGAAAUUUAUAAAAUCAUACUAAAAAUGGCGGGACGUGGUGGCGGUU